GCCGAGCAUCACUUUGCAUCCAUCACGCGAAGCUGUCACGCACGGACCAUGGCGACCAUCACCACCACCACCACCACGCACGCCGCCUACACCUUCGCGCUCCCGGCGGUGCACGCCGGCAACGCGGCGGCCGCGGCGGCGCAGCAGAACCGCAGCAAAGUGCUGAAGAGACAGCGCUCCAACUCGCCCGAACUGCUGCGCUGCAAGCGGCGCCUGAGCUUCACCGGCCUGGGUUACUCCAUCCCGCCGCAGCAGCCGGUGGCGGUGGCGCGGCGGAACGAACGGGAGCAGGUCAAGCAGGUCAACAUGGGCUUCCAGACGCUGCGCCAACACGUGCCCAACGGGGCCGCCAACAAGAAGAUGAGCAAGGUGGAGACGCUGCGCUCCGCGGUGGAGUACAUCCGGGCUUUGCAGCAGCUUUUGGACGAGCACGACGCGGUGUCGGCGGCGUUCCAGUGCGGCUUGCCGUCCCCGACGCUUUCCAACACCUACUCGGCCGACCCAGAGUCGCCUCACUCCUCCUACUCGUCGGACGAAGGCGGCUACGAGCCCCUCAGCUCCGAGGAGCAGGAGUUGCUGGACUUCACCACCUGGUUCGACCGGUAUUGACGCGCGUAAAAGCCGAUAACUCUGUGCGUAAAAGCCAGGAACUCUGUGCGUAAAAGCCAGGAACUCUGUGCGUAAAAGCCAGGAACUCUGUGCGUAAAAGCCAGAAAGCCAGCGUGUGCGUGCGAGCAAUAACAUUGUCAGCGGAGGGGAAGCAGGAUGGGAGGUCCCACGUCUUCCCCUCCAUCUUCACCUCCAUCUUCACCCCCAUCUUCACCUCCACCUCCGCCCCUGCUGCAGACCACGUGAAGGAGUUCGUGUCAAAACAAAAACAAAACUGCUGACUAAGUGCAAUUAACUGGGUGACACGCAGCGUCCUGUAGGAUGAAACUUUUUCUCCUUGUGAUGCCCAUUUCUUACUUGUCAUAUAUGAAGACUUAUUUUUCUACACUGAUUUUUUUUUUAAAUUUUUUUUUUACAAGUGACCCUGACAGCAAUACCAUGAUGGCUAAACUACCUGGGACAGUUUGUAGUUUUAUCCUCUAGGACAGGGGUGUCCAAAGUCUUUGAAUCAAAGCAUGCAUUGUAAAAAAAAAGAAAAAAAAAAGGAGUUGUUUUGAGUGUUUGUGUUAUAAGCAUCAACAUUUCAACUUUUUCUUCUUGUGUUAUGCAUUUUUACUAUUUCCUCCCCCAUGUUUUUUUUUAUCAGGCAUUUCUAUGGACACCCCUGCUAUAGGAGGUCUUUACUGAUGUAUGCACUUGUUCUAGCCUCAGAUGUAAAUAUUCAAUUUAAACAGAUAUAUUUUGUGUAAAACAUU